CGACCCUUUUCUGGGUCAGCUGGUGCUGGCGUCAGGCGGAGGGAUGGGCUGGCUCAGCUCAACCCGGCAGGGCUUGUUUACUAUGGCCGAUGAUCUGGACCAGCAGCCUCAAGGCUGGCUGAGCAGCUGGCUGCCCACUUGGCGCCCCACUUCCAUGUCUCAACUGAAGAAUGUAGAAGCCAGGAUCCUCCAGUGCCUCCAGAACAAGUUCCUGGCUCGAUAUGUGUCCCUCCCAAACCAGAACAAGAUCUGGACAGUGACAGUGAGCCCUGAGCUCAGGGACCGCACCCCACUGGUGAUGGUGCACGGCUUCGGGGGCGGCGUGGGCCUCUGGAUCCUCAACAUGGAUUCACUAAGCACCCGCCGCACGCUACACACCUUCGAUCUGCUAGGCUUUGGGCGAAGCUCGAGGCCAACGUUCCCGAGGGAUCCAGAGGGGGCCGAGGACGAGUUUGUGACCUCAAUAGAAACGUGGCGGGAGAGCAUGGGGAUCCCCAGUAUGAUUCUCCUAGGGCACAGUCUGGGAGGAUUCCUGGCCACUUCCUACUCGAUCAAGUACCCUGACAGAGUUAAACACCUCAUCCUGGUGGACCCAUGGGGCUUUCCCCUCCGACCAACUGACCCCAGUCAGAUCCGUGCACCCCCGACCUGGGUCAAGGCUGUGGCCUCUGUCCUAGGGCGUUCCAAUCCACUGGCUGUUCUUCGAGUCGCUGGGCCCUGGGGGCCCGGCCUGGUACAGCGAUUCCGACCCGACUUCAAGCGCAAGUUUGCAGACUUCUUUGAUGAUGAUACUAUAUCAGAGUAUAUCUACCACUGCAAUGCACAGAAUCCCAGUGGGGAGACAGCAUUCAAAGCCAUGAUGGAGUCCCUCGGCUGGGCCCGGCGCCCCAUGUUAGAGCGAAUUCACUUGAUUCGAAAAGAUGUGCCCAUCACCAUGAUCUAUGGGGCCAACACCUGGAUAGACACCAGCACGGGGAAAAAGGUGAAGCUGCAGCGGCCGGACUCCUACGUCCGAGACUUGGAGAUCGAGGGUGCCUCGCAUCACGUGUACGCAGACCAGCCGCACAUCUUCAACGCGGUGGUGGAGGAGAUCUGCGACUCAGUCGAUUGAGCUGCUCUUCCUGGAGGACGAGGAGAAAGCCAGAGAGUUGCUCUCACCUUCCUGUCUCCUUACUUACCCCUCUGUCCUUCCCUCACUGACUAACAUGUGCCAGCCAGGCGGAGUCUCGGGCUGUCCCCAGGGCAGGAUCACAGAAGAAGAAAGAGCACGAUGACCCCACAGUGAAGGCUGGAGGCAAAAGCCACAAGAGGCCUUGAGCUCCCCACCCCGGGGAAGCACAUGAAGGGUUGUAGAGUGCCACCCCAUUCUCCAUGCCGGUAUCACCAGGUGGCGGUUGUGAAGGGAUUGCACCAAGCCACGUCCCCCCUGUGCCAAGGGAGGGCAGCUGCUUCUCCCAGACAAAGGAGAGGCUCUUUGCCCAGGUCUGGAGUGUGUCUGCGGGGGAAGGGGGGAGGCUCCAUGCAGGACAUCUUCCUCCUCCAUCACCCCUGGACCCCAGCCCAUGCCAGUUCUGUUCAGGGUCUGGUUGGGGCUGGUUCCCACUUAACUACCUAGAGCAGGUCCUGGAGCUCCCGUGACCUAAGAGGUCAUAUCCAAAUCUCUUGUUAGCAGAGGAGGCAAGGGGCAGGGCAAGGCAUGGCUGGUCCAUGGAGAAACAGCUCAGGGCUCCUGGCAGACUCUGUUUGCUAAGGUUUGAGGCAGGCAUCAAGGCCACGGGGCUGGUCCUGGCCAAGGAUAAGCCCACCUGGCCGCACAUUCCAGCCUCACUGUACGGGGAUUCUGUUUUCCUGCUCUGUGUCUCAGCCCUGGCUGCCUAAGCUGGGAACACUCAAGUGCUUCCUUCCCUGCCCCUUCUUUCUCCCACUGGGAGGCCUCUGGGCCUCCCUCUGUGCCUUGGGCCCUGAAGCCCCACCCGUAGUACUGAGAACAGUGACCCCUGACGGAGAGAAGGGAAGGCCCUUCGACCCCAAGCUGAGUCUGGAUCCCCAUCCUCUCUAGUAUCUGCAGGGUUUUUUUGCCUGCUCAUGUGAACCUCUGCCCAGGGUCCAGUGGGGAGCCUCCAGCCAGCAGUUCCCUGUCCUCAUCAGCCACAGGAUGGUUCUCACUGCCUGGCCCUCCAUCCCUGCUGCCUGUCCUUCUGGUCUCCAGCUCAUCUGUCCCCGACCUACCUGUCACUCUCUCCCAGGGGCUAGUUCUGGGCAGUAGGCGGGGCCUGGCCCCAGAACUAGGGUCGCUCCCACCUACUUCUUCACUUUUGUAAAGCCAACCCUUUCACCAGAAUAGUAUUAACUCCUGGUGCUUUGUACUACUGGUCCAGCUGCCUUGGGCUCCUUUUCUAUAUUAAUAAAGAAAUGAGUCAAAACCGCU